AUGGGCGUGCUAAUGUCCAAGAAACAGCAGGUGGAGAGGGUGCAGAAGUGUAGUGCUGUGGUGUCGGCCUUUAAGGAAGGACUGAAGGACCGACCCGCUGCCUCUGCGGCUGCGCAGGCGGAGGGCUCCGCAGACGCCGCAGACGUCCCCGCGGAAGCGUCUGACGAGCAGCUCAGCGAAGACAGGUCCGACGGGCAGAAAGGGCAGGACAGCAAACCGGGGCCGUCCUCGGCUCAGCAAGCCUCCGCCCCGGCCCCGCACAGGGAGGAGUGCAAGAUCAACCAGGAGGCGUGGUCCCGUCUCCGUGACGGCAAAGGGGUGGAGCCGGAAGAGCUGGAGAAGGUGCAUCAGCUCACGCCCCCUGCCUUUGUCCGGCCGAAGAGAGAGGUGGACGAUGACCAGCCGUUAAAAGUGUCUCUCACGGAAAAAGACGAGCCGGUGAAUGAUGAGAUGUGUGAGGUGUGUGAGGUGUGGACGGCGGACGACCUGUUUCCGUGUCGAACGUGCACGAGGGUCUUCCAUGACGGCUGUCUGAGAGAGAUGGGCUAUCUCAGCACAGAGGCCCUGCAGGAGAUGAGGGAGACCGCCCAUACCACCACCGGCUGGAGCUGCUACUACUGUGACAACGUGAACUUGCUCCUCACUGAGGAGGAGAUGUACAGUCUUAUGGAGACCUUCAAGCAAUGCAAGAUCAUUCCAGAGACUUGUCUGGUGUCUGACGAACUCCUGCAGUACAGGCACUUUGUGUCUAAGCAGCUGUUUGAGAAGGACUUGACUGACGAGCAGGAGGAAGAGGUUCUGGCCCAGUUUGCAGCCCUCGACCCGGAAAAGCGCGGUCAGAUCGAGUGGUCCGACUUCCUCUACCACGAGUCUCUGUCCGUGCUGCAGAAGUUUCGCACGGAGAACUCGCUGGUGCGGCUGCUGACGGCCAAGGAGAGGGACAGAGCCAGGGCCGUGUUUCUGAGUCUGGAUCAGGACAAAGACGGACUCAUCACCGGAGCCGAGUCCAGACGAGCUCAGACGUCCUGGUUUCACAAGCUUAGCAAAGAGUCACAGUCCUGCAACGUCAGACUGAUGGGCUUGUGUUCUCCAGUCUUAAAUAUGAGUAUCAGUCAUGUUGGGCCCAUAUCAGAGAGCAGCCCUGCCAGCUCCAGCAGCGAGAGAAGCAGAGAUAAGACCAUGGAAAAAGAUGAUAACAGACAGGUGGACUGGGACACGUUCCUGAGGGAGAGCGCCAUCUACGUCCUGGCUGCUCGACCCAACAGCCCAGCCAUGCACAUCCGCCUGCCGCUGUAA